AUGGCUGCCGGUAUGCCAAAAAAAUACCUAUUGGGCUCUCUGCAAGAGCACAUUGAAAUGUGUGAAUCCCAUGAAUUACCUAUUGAUAUAAUAUGUGAAGACUGUGUUAAAUUUAUUUGUGCUAAUUGUGUCAAAACAGAUCAUAGAGAUCAUGAUUGGAAAACUAUACCCACGGCAGGUAGCCUGAGGAGGAGAGGUCUAUUUAAAUUUCUGAAAAAGGUCAAGGAAGAGGAUCUGCCUGGAAUUGAUGAGAAGAUAGAGAAGGUGUCAAAACAAAUCAAAGAAAAUAAAGAACAAUGUGACUCUGAGAUUAAGAAGCUACAGAAGCAUUUUGAAGAGAUAAUGGCCAGGUUGGCAGAAAUAAAAAUUCACUAUGAAAAAACACUGAUAGAGAACUUGGUUAAAAAAUAUAAUCAAUUGAACCUUAUGAAAUCUGAGUUAGAGAAGAAGAAAAAAGGAAUUGCUCACACAGUGGAAUUUAUGGAGGAGAACAACAGCACCAUGUCAGAUUACAGCUUGAUUGACAACCACAUCGAGCUGACAAAAAUGCUGUCUGAAUUGGAGGUUCAUAUGACAAACUGUCAACAUUCAGUGAGGUUCACUAGAGGGGAAAUCAAUGAUGUCUUACUUGAAUCUUUGUUUGUAAAGUGUUUGGAUUUAAAUGAUAUUAACUUGACUCGAAUAAACUCAUUUCAAUAUGCAGAUAAUUUAAAACUCAUUUUAGAAACACUAAGUGAAGACCAGUGUUACGUAAAAUAUUAUGAAUCAGAAUAUACAGAGGUGGUCGACAAACAAGGUUCAAAACACCGUAAGUUUACUAUUACUCCCAGUGACAUAUCUGUGAAUGAUAACAGUAACGUUUAUUUCACUGAUAGUAGUAACAAGUCCAUCAGAUGUCUGUCACCAUCAGGAUCUGUCUCUACAAUCAUCAGUACAGAUCCACUUGUACCAGGAGGAAUCUGUCAGCCAGUGGACAGUGGAUUAUUGGUCACCCUGAGGGACAAGGAAUCGGAUGCCUACAACUUAGAGUCACACAGCAGACGUCUGGUGAGACACAUCACAUUGACAGGUGAUGUCUUCCAUGAGUAUGAGUACCAGGAGGACGGUCAGACCAGACUGUUUACAUGGCCAGCCAGAGUCACACAAAACAAUAAUAGUGAUAUCUGUGUUGUGAACCGUACAAGUGACACUACAGGUAAUCUAGUGGUUAUGUCUCCCUCUGGUCAAAUAAAGUCUGUCUACCGUGGACAGAACCUGACUAAAAACUUUAGCCCAGGUAAUGCAGUAUGUGACUCCUUCUGUAACAUCCUUGUUAGUGAUCCCUUUAACAAUCAAAUUCAUCUGCUGAGUCCUGUAGGGGAGUUCUUGAAGUUCUUAUUGAAAGAAAAUGAAGUAAUUGGUCCGUUUGAACUGUCUCUGCACAAGACUACGCUGUGGGUAGGAUGCCUUGAAGGACUUGUGUCAGUGUUUUAG